AUGCCUCAAGAGUCUAUCGAAAUAUAAAUGUUAAAACAACAAGUUUAAUUAUUACAAUAAGAACUACAAUAAAUUCAUUAAUAUGGUAAUAUACGAAUACUUUGGAAUAAUAUAUUCUCAAAGUUAGAAACCAUUACAUUUACAUCUCAAUAACCUCUUAAAAUCUAUUAACAAUUAAUGUUUAGACAAAGCUUAUCUCAAGAUCAAAUCAAACUUGAAUAUCUCUCAUAAGAUGCAGAAUGUCAAACAGAUGAUGAUUAAAUUAAAUUAAAUGUACAAGACACAAUCAAAUCCUGUAUUUAAUCAAUUAAAAUUGAAUUGAAAAUACAAUAAGAAAAGUAUUUCUAGGAUAAUUUAAAUUAAAUUGAAUAAUGCUUAGAAAAUAUUCUAAACUAUUCAAAACAUAAGUAAAAUAAAUCAAAUCAAAAAAUAAGAUCAUCUAUUAAUUCAUCUCUUUCAAUACCAACAACUAUUAUAAACUUAUCUACAAAAGAAAAUUACAUUACAAAACCUAUUAGCAAUUUAGAAUAAGAACUUAAGGUAUGAAUGCAAUAUCAUUCUUAGGAUAGUUAAAUUAAUGAAUUAAAAAAACAGAAUUAAGCUCUAAAAUAAGAUAUUCAAAAACUAUAACUCAUUUAGAAUUAAUUAAGCACUUAAUUAGAAGAAAAAGAAGCAAAAGUAAAACUUUUAAAUUUUAUGGUAUUGAAUCAUCAGCAAUAAAAAAUUGAAUUUGGAUUUCCAUAAUAUGAUAAUUUUAAAUUAUGA